UAGACAAAAUGUGUAGCGAUUCAAAAGAGUAUGCAAUUACAUCUCAAGAUGAGAAAGAUAGUUAGGUCAGUUGGUCGAAAAGACAAGCACAGCAAGAUUUGUACAUCAAAGGGGGCAAGAGAUAGACGCAUUAGGUUAUCAGCCAACACUGCAAUUCAAUUCUAUGAUGUGCAAGAUAGGCUAGGAUAUGAUCGACCUAGUAACGCCAUUGAUUGGUUAAUGAAAGAAGCCAAAUCCGCCAUUGAUGUACUGAAUGCUGAUCAAUAUCAUCAUCUUCAGGAAUUGCUACAACCGGAUACAACAACUUAUGUUUUCAAUCCUUCAGAGGCAUUUCAUCGAACACCUGAAGAUCGGGAUCAGCAGAAUUUGAAUCAAGAUCAAAUCAAUAGUUUCAGCAGCUACCCAUUUGAGGUCAUCAGUUCAAGAAAUGAAAAUGAAUUACAAGGAGAAAACGCGAUUCCUGUUCCUCGAGAUAUUAAUUUCGCGUGGAACACAAGUUACAACGCAGGAGAAAGUUUUGAGCUUGUGAAUAGGGAACCCCUUCAGUCCAAUUUCCAUCGUCUAAUUGUUCAUACACCGAGCAAUGAAUUCAUAAAUCAUGAAGAUGGGUUACUGGGGUUUUCGUUUGAGCAGGAAAUUCCAGUUCAAACAGAGAAAGAAGAUGGCCGAAAGUUAGAUCAAUUGGGAUGAAGAAAGGAUCAAGACUAAUCUUAGAUUGAUCAAAAACAGGGAAAUCGAUUUCUACUCUUGCAUUAUAAGGUAAUGUAGUUAUACCUUAUUAGCAACAAAUUGGUUAUUUUAGAACAUUUUAGCAUGUUUUGUUAUAAGAACAAAAUUUUAAUAAUUGUAACUUAUACUUGCUUACUUCAUGUUGUAGCAUUAAUUAAUGUUUAAUUAUCUAAUAAUAAUAUUACACGUAUAAUGUUGUAUGUUUGAAUGAUAAAAUAAUUACAUAUUA